AUGGCACUUACCAUAAAUCCCACCAAGUUUGCCAAUCGAAUCGCAGCGGCUGUCGAUGGUCGCGGGAAGGCCGAAAACUGCAUUCGAUUCGAGUUUCUUUGCAGCCACAUAGCAACCGGUGACUACUUUGCCCCCGAUACGUCACUAGCGCAGCGACUUCUGAAGCGAACAACGGUUGAGAUUUACGGCAUAUUUAAGCAAAUCUAUGAAGACUUCCACCUUCGGCUCGCCGUUGGUCAAUACUUGAAUACCGAGAGAACGUUAGCAAUCAAACAGCCACUCUCUUACGGAGGUACUAAACCCUAUAGCCGACUGAUUGAGGAAAACCUAGGCCGAUCAAUGAGCUUCGAUGACCUUCGAGAUCGUUUUAAGCGCAACACAUUGCUUUGUCACAGAAACGUAUUCUAUGGACUGCGCCUUGUGAACUUCGAGUGUGACACCGUCAGAAAACUGAUGAUGUUUGCGCUGGACCACGACGGGUUGAUCACGUUGGAUGAGUUCGAAAAGCAGAAUCAAGUCCAAACCAGCAAAGCUAUGAAGUACCUUCAGAACAAUUGGAUCGAGCGAACUACGAUGCACCUUCACCGCAUGCUGUCACGUAUCGGCCCCGGGAGCUUCGAUGUGGCGGUUGCUAAGUGGAACAUUUACUCCGUCUCGAAGGUUCACAGACUGGUGGAGCAGGUGAAGUACCGUAUGCAAGACACCCUCAGGGAUCUUCUGUUUGAAUCCACAGCCGCCUAUAUACAUCACCUGGUGAAUGAUUGCCGCUCGAUUCUGUCUCUCGACGAGUCCUUCUCCUGGGACACCAAUCUCAUCGACAGUCCUUUCGAACCGCAACGGUCACCGGUUUUUCGUCUCACGAUGGAAAUGGGCCCCAAGUGUGCCUUUUACUCCACUGAUCCAGAUCAAUUUCUUCUGCUACUACCCGACAUCAUGGACGUGGCCAUCGAAGGCAGCCAUUUCGUGCACACGAUCGAACCAUCGUUAAUGCAGUCACUUAUUUUUGUCGACAACCUGUACCUAUCCUCCGUUGGUCUGAUCGACCCCGUGAUGGUCGAGCAGCGCAACCGAUUAGUUAGCUACUACCGCAAGUCCGCCGUUCCGCUGCAGGCCUACGCCACCCGAUACAACGCGUACAUGGAUCUAUUUUUUACCAAUGUCCAAGAGUUUACCGAACAAACAAAGGCCACGGACAAAACGUCAUCGGAACUGAAGGAAGACAUCGAGUUUCAGAUCCGGAUGCGCCAGAACCUCGAGCGAACGGUGCCGCUCAGUAUUACGAUCGGACCGUUCUGGGUUUCGGUGGAGCCUCUACGCGAAGCCCUCAUCCGCAAGCGGCACGAGUUGGCCGACGCGUUGCUGACGUUGUUGGCCGAAAAGUUACGCCUCAAGACGGCCGACAUGAUAGCCCAGUACGUUGGCAUCAUCGAGCGAAUGUGUGAGAAGCCGGUGUCGAUCGAGCAUAUCCACGGUAUUCGCGAGUUUAUGGAGCACGUCCCGGAGCUCCUGUCCCGAAUGGAGGACCGCAUGAAAGGUCUACUCUACGAGUAUGAAAUUCUGGAUGGCUUUCAGUUCAACCUACCCGAUGUGGACUUUCAGCAAAAAUGGAACGCCCUCGGGUAUCCGCGAUCGGUGCUGAGGCAAAUGAGCUCGGUGAAAGACUUCCACGAGACGGAGGUAGAGAAGUUCCGCAAGCAACAGUUUGCCGACGAGGCCGCUUUCUCGGCCAGCGUCGAGAACAUGAACGUGCACAUCGCCAAGUUUACCACGCUGUACGAUGUUGGCAAGGUGUCCGAGAUGGCUGUCGAGGUGCGGCGCCUUUGGAAAGCCCUCCAAGAGCUCAUCGAGCAGGGUCACGUGAUGAAUUGCCGGCAGGAGCUUUUCGAGCUUCCCCCGAUUGGCCUGCAUAAUUUAUUCGAGCUGCGGGACAACUUUCGUGCCUACCGGGACCUGUGGACGGUGGCGGCCGACUACCUCAAGCUGGAAGAGACGUGGAUCGGGAACCCGCUGGCCAGUGUCGAGCUGGACAGUGUGCGGCGUGGGCUCCAGCACGCCCACGACCACUUGAAGGUCCUACUGCCGCUCUACCGUGACCAGCCGCAGAUACUGGCCGUGGUGGAACACUUCAUCCACACGGUGGAGGCUUUCCGCCCCAAUCUGGAUGUAAUGGAGCUGCUCAAAUGCUCGCUGCUGGAACCGAUCCACUUCAGCCAGCUGGCAAAGGAAGCCGACAUUAAGGUGAAACUCUCGGUGGACAUGGGAUUCGACGUGUUCUUGGAGCACGAUAUACGGAGCCAUUUAAAAACGAUUAGAGCCAUCGUGCAAAGGGCUGAGGAGCUAAAACUGCAAACGGAGCAGCAGGAGGCCGAAGAGGCACGGGUUCGGCAGCAACAGCAAGCAUACAAAGCGGCCCGGGACGAGCGACGUCAGAAGCGCACUGAAAUCUAG